UCCUAUAAAAGGAGCACAAUUUUGUCUUGGGCAAUCAGUGUUUUUAAAACCAGCGUAAUAUGCGUUUCUCUGGAAUACUUAUAUCACUCAAUUUAUUGAGUCUCUCCAGUGGGUUUCCCGUGGAGCAGGGAAAUGACUGCGAACUUUUGGAGCAUGUUGAUACCAACGAUUCGUGGUCAAAUAUAUUUUUUAACGUCAGGAGAUCUCUGGAAGACGCCAUCAAACGGGCAUCAAAUAUGGAAAAGUGCAGCUCCCAAGUCGAAUUUCUUCAGAGCUGUCUAGAUCGCGCCAACAGGAUUACUUCCCCAAAAGAACAAAUGCAGUACGUUAUGGAAUUCAUUGACUACCAAGAAAAGCAUUCGGGUAUUGAACCGACACGCACAAACACUUAUUUUGGAAAAAAUAUGAUUCAUUUGUUCAAGAAAACGGUGGAUAAACUUACACAGUUGAGCAGAAGACUAAUUAAAGUGUCUGAAAAAAUUGACGAGAGACUAGGUAAAACCAUUGAUAAAAGUAAGAAAUUGCUUUUUGGCCAAGAAAUAUGAAAAAUUGCUUAAUUCAGAGCAUUGCUUUUCUACAGUUUAUGGAAUAAGAAUAAAUAAAUUGCACCAUAUACCAUUUACUAGAAA